AUGGCGCGAGUGCCCUUCAUUGGCAGGCUGUUUUGGAGGGAGUACCUGGCCCUGUUUGGAUCCCUGAUACUCGUUGCCCUUGAAGUGUUCGUCCGAAUUAUAACCCUUGGCCUGCCCCAGCCCGUUAUUCGGUUCUGCUAUAAUGCGUCAAAAAAUGUCUUCAACCGACUGUCGUCGCAGAGAUCCAGACAAGCCCGGUCUGAGAGGAAACACACCUAUACCUCGAUCGCAACAUGUUCCGAUUUCACCGAGCUCUGCGGUCUCUUUGGAUACUAUGCUGAAGAGCACGUCGUGCAGACAGGAGACGGAUACUUGUUGGGCGUGCACAGGCUGCCCUUUCGCAAAGGAGAAGAGCAUUCCGGGAUGCAGGUCAAUGUCGGAGCAGACUCGACCAGGAAACCCGUGGUGUACCUCCACCAUGGUCUGCUGAUGAACAGCGAGGUCUGGGUCUGUCUGACCGAAGAGGAACGAUGCCUGCCCUUUACGCUGGUGAACCAAGGUUACGAUGUGUGGCUGGGCAACAACCGUGGAAACAAGUACAGCAAGAAGUCCACCAAGCACUCCCCAAUGUCCUCCCGUUUCUGGAACUUCUCAAUGGACGAAUUUGCCUUCCACGACAUCCCCAACACCAUCGACUAUAUCCUGAGCACCACCUCUCAGCCGUCGCUUUCCUAUAUUGGCUUCAGUCAAGGCACUGCUCAAGCCUUUGCCACGUUGUCUAUACAUCCACAGCUGAACGACAAGGUCAAUUUGUUUAUCGCCCUAGCACCAGCCAUGUCUCCAGCUGGCCUGAGCAAUGGCAUUGUUGACGCCCUUGUCAAGACCAAUCCCAAUGUCCUCUUCCUGGCAUUCGGCCGCAAAUCCAUCCUUUCCUCCGCAACCAUGUGGCAGUCCAUCCUCUACCCACCCAUAUUUGUCCGUCUGAUCGACAUGUCCCUCAGCUUUCUCUUCGCGUGGUAUGGCCGCAAUAUCACCGUGCAACAGAAGCUUGCCGCCUACCCUCAUCUCUACAGCUUCACCUCCACGAAAUCUGUGGUCCACUGGUUUCAGAUCAUCCGCAACAAAUCAUUCCAGAUGUACGACGACGACAGCACCAACCGAUUCAGCAUUGGGGCAAGCAACCGCUACUACAAGGUGGCCAAGUUUCCGACUAGGAAUAUCAAGACUCCCAUCGUGUUGGUCUACGGCGGAAGUGACUCGUUGGUGGACAUUCGUGUCAUGCUGAAAGAAUUACCCCGUCAUACCAUUGCCACAGAAAUCCCACAUUUCGAACACCUCGACUUCCUUUGGGCCCAAGACGUCGAUACAUUGGUAUUUCCACACGUCUUGGAAGCCCUCCGCUACUACACUCUGGGACGGACAUCGAAUGGCAAUCAGAAGGGGAUCCUUUCAAUUGCCGACACCGCAUAUCUCCAUCGCCGCCAAAACAGCAGUAGCAGUGGCGCAAACUGGUCAGAGGACGAUUCCGCUGGCGGAUACUCAGACUAUGAAGGCGCGUACGAGUCGCCCCGGACACCGAGAGUCAAGAGUUUCGCCCAACAGCAGAGAGAGAGACAGUACCAGCCGUCGUCCCCUAUCCAGACCCAUAAUCACACACAUGCGCACUCGCCCCUGCAAAAUCAAUACCAGUUUGCGUCGCCCACACCAAAUAGGCCGGCAGGUGGCAAUUCAAUGUCGUGGAUGGAGGGAUAUUACAGACUUCCCAAGAAGGAAGCACAGGCCGCGUCUGCCGCAAAUAGCACAAGGAACAAUGAUGAGGACCCGGAGGUCGAAUACGAACGAUAUCGGGAUCGUCCACAGGAGACUUCGACGGCGGAGGCGUCAGAGGCAGCACAAGCGCAGCAACAACGGGAUGAGCAUGAUCAAAGUCCUCUGGGCACUCACCACGACGCUUCCAGACCUCUAUCUCAAGACAUAACAACAAACUUCGGGCCCGCCCUCUCAAGUUCAAGAUCCCUCGCGCAAGAUGACCCCAACGCCUCACACCAGGACCUGCGCAAUCGCGCCACAUUCACGCCCAGCACGCACCAGGACCCUCCCAGCAACGCGGCUGAAACGGCAGAACAUGGGGACGCAAGUGUCAACGAAUCCAAAUCUUCGCCCUCAGACCGUCGACGUGGCUCAAUCUCAGGCGGCAGUCUCGCUGCGAGUGGACGCUCCACGCCAGUAAGCCGAGGCACGCCGCCCAGUUUCACGGCGCAGGGGAUAAGAGUAGGCAGCGCCAAGCCCAGCGUGAGUGCUGCCACCAGCUUAGGGGGCGGCAUACCUUGA